UGCAUGUGCAACGUCAAAGACCUCCAAAAGUCGCUCGCUCUGCGAGUAGGUUCCGGUUUCUUAUAAUCCCCCGACCUCCCCCCAGGUGACAUGUCCUGAUCUUGCAACCUGGACUCGGUCUUCCAAUAAAUAGAUCAUCAAUCGCAACUUCUUCUCUCCCCCAUAUCUUCUCUAGUUUUAUGUAGCACACCAUGUUUUCCGUUAUGAGUCCCAAUGUCCAUAUGUGUCCACCCAUGGACAAGUCAUACUCCGCCCAUUCCUCGUACUCGUCCUCCAGCGAAGACUCGAUUCCGUCAAUGGGCCCUUACGACAUGUACGGCCUGAUGGGCAGCAGCCUGCAGAUGGGGAUGCAACAGUCCUCCCCAGUGUACUCUUCCUCAAUCGAGUCCUCGUACUUCGGCUCGCCGGCAACACCAGAGCCGUACCACGACUAUGCCCCUUCAAUGUCAUACUCGCCAGGCAUGUACGCCGCCGUGAACAUGUACCAGAACUUCUCAUCGGCUCCGAGCCACCCGUGGGCCCCCAUGCAAGAACCUUGCUACGGUGAAACCAUGACACCCGAGCCGUGCGACAUGGAGAUGUACGGCGCGGGGUCGGAUGUUUACGAGGCUCCUUUGGAAGUCACCAAGCCUAUUAAACCCUUCGGCUGCGAAGACUGUGGCAGAGCAUUUACUCGCCCUGCGGACUUGCGACGCCACCAGACUAGCGUCCACAACCCCGUGCCCGAGGACUGUCCCGUGGAGGGAUGUCCGCGCAAGGCUGGCAAUGGCUUUCCCCGGCGGGAUCACCUCAAGGAACAUCUGCGGUCUUACCACCAUAUUGAUGUGCCUAAGCGGUCUAGGAGGGUGACGAAGACUGUUUGAUGUUUUUUUUUUUCUUCUUUUCUUCUCUUCGCUUCUUUCUUCACUUCUUCCUCCCUUUCUCUUCCCUUCUUCCUCCCUUUCUCUUCACUUCUUCUAUUCC